AUGUCGUAUCCGCCGCCUCCAGGUCUCACGUCUUCCACCACACAGCCUCCCCCGUCAUUACCAGCUCGCCCUCCGCCGUCAACAGUGAGCGCAGUCCCGCCAUUCAAAACAUCAUCGAGCGGUGCCUCGACCAGACCCGCCUUCACAGCAUUCGCGCCCCGAUCAGUAGCAUCGGCGAGUACCUAUCGCACCAGCAGUCCAGCGCAGUACGGCGCCGCACCCGUCCCAUCUUACAGCGCUGCCAGCCAGUACCAAGCGAGCGCAGACUAUUCUGCACAACCGCAAUAUGACCCUUCAUACUCUGCAACCCCACAGAUCCGCAACCCGUUCGUUCCUCCUUCUGACCCAUCAGCGUCCGCAACUGCCUACGGUGGCGGCGCCGGAGGAUAUGACCCCGAAUACGAAGCUCAGGUGCAGCAAUGGCAGAGCGCCUACGUGAACCGAGAUGCUGGCGCCACAGGAGCAAGCACAGGCACAGGAAUACCAGGCACAUUCACAUCCACAUCCACACCGAAACCUGCAGCAGGAACGACAACUUCGACUGCUCCGGCAUCACGCAGUGAGCCCACGACGCAAGCAGACGGUGUUCCCAAGACAGUCCACCGGGCAGGCGGAGGCACGUCAUGGACCGACCCGACGCUUCUGGAAUGGGAUCCAGCACAUUUCCGCAUCUUCGUCGGUAACCUCGCGGGCGAAGUCACAGAUGAAUCUCUGCUCAAGGCAUUCUCGCAAUACCCUUCUGUGCAGAAGGCACGUGUCAUACGUGACAAGCGCACGACCAAAUCGAAAGGCUAUGGUUUUGUCAGUUUCGCCAAUGGUGACGACUACUUCCGCGCCGCGAGAGAGCAGAAUGGGAAAUAUGUCGGCAGUCAUCCGAUUGUGGUGAAGAAGGCGAUGACGGACGUCCGGCCCUCGACGCUCAAGCAGAACAACCAGAAGGGGAAAGGCGGUGCGGGUGGACAUAACAAGGUUCAACACAGCGGCGUGAACAAGAAACAACCGAAGACGAAAGGAGGUUUGAAGGUUUUGGGUUAG